UCCAGCUGUGAUGGCGUCAGUGCCGUGACUCCCAUUACUUAUUUACAGGUUAGAUAAAUGUUUACGAUUGUCUUCCAUUGUUAAUAGGCAAUAAAUACCCCUGAGAUUACUUACAAUAGAAACGAUCGAACCUCAUCAUUUGUUAAGGUAAUCUGAAACAAAUGUUGGAUAAAUUUGAGAACAUAAGUAAUUCGCUAUCAUGGCUGAUACAAUUAAUCAAACAAAAAAGAAAAGACGUAGAGGUAAACGCCGGUCUACAAAAGCGCCCAAAAUAGAUGAUAACAUCAGCAAACUAGUAGAGAAUGCAGUUGAGAAGUAUGAAAAGCAAUUGCAGAAACUAGCAGAACUGCAACAUUUGUCAACUCACCACAGCCAGCCUGAAGUUCCAUCCCCCAAAAGACAAUAUGGACCUACACAAGUGAAGAGCAAGAGAAAAUCCCCGGGAGCUGGUGUGAACAAAAAAGAUCGCCAGAAGGCGAGAGAUAUCCGUGAUGAAUCGAUAUCCAAAGCCCUGACGGUGAUACAAAAUGAUUUUCGUAUUCGUGUACUGGAUAACAUCCUCAAAGACAUCUCGAAGGUGAAAGUAACUGAAUCAAACGUUCAAAAAAAACCAGAGUCUAUUCCGGGGAAUCCUCAGAGCUUUUACAACUCGAUUAAUCGAGAUAAGAUGAGGGAAAUAUUGAAUGAGAAGAGCAAAACGUCCAAGCAAUACAUCUCAGGGGUAUUUAAAAUAAGUGAGAAAAACGCAAAAUAUGCUUAUGUGUCCAGUGGAAAGAAUGAUGAGGAUAUUCUCAUCGAUGGAUUUUGUCACAGAAACCGAGCCAUGGAAAGAGAUCUGGUGGUCAUCCAGAUUCAUCCCCAAGACAGGUGGAUACAGAGGGACAAUGGAAUGAUCCAAAAAACCGGCUUCGUCGUCACAAUUCUUGAGAAAAUUCAUCCCAGAAAGGCUGUUGGUAUUCUAGUCUAUCACAACGAAGUCCUGAAGUUUCAUCCAAGAGACCCGAAGUUCCCAGUGAUGACUAUUGAUUCUGAAAGUCUUCCAGAAGAAUUCAAAGAAAGGGAUAGUAUCAAGAAAACUCUCUUUAUUGCCAAAAUCCUCGAUUGGUCGGCGCCAUGCCAGUGUUCAGGGAACAUCCUGGGGAGAAUUGGAGAGGCUGGGAACUUGGAGGCUGAAACUGAAGCAAUACUCCUUGAGAAUGGAUUGGAUGUAACUCCUUAUAAUGAAAAAUUAUACAAACAUCUGCCAGACCCUGAUUACAUCUUCCAAGAGGCUGAUCUUGCUCAGAGGGAGGAUUGGAGAUCGAACUGUGUGUUUACGAUCGAUCCAGCUACUGCUGUUGAUCUGGAUGAUGCUGUCUCGUGUAGGAAACUUAAAAAUGGAAACUUUGAAGUGGGAGUUCACAUCGCUGAUGUUACAUACUUCUUGAGGGACUCUUCACCUCUGGAUGCAGCGGUAUCGAAACGAGCUACCACAAUCUACCUGGCCAACACAGUAUACCACAUGCUGCCAAAACCUCUCUGCCAGCUAUGUUCUCUAACCCCCGGGAGAGAUCGUUUAACAUUCUCAGUGAUAUGGGAGUUGAAACCAACGGGUGCCGUUGUCAGGCAGCGUUUCACCCGAAGCAUCGUGAAUUCCUGCUUCCAGAUGUCCUAUCAGCAGGCUCAAAAAAUGAUAGAAAACCCCGAGAUGGACUGGUCGGAGGUGGAUCUUCCCAAUGUUAAAAAUGGAUUCACAGCGACUGAUAUUUUCCAGGCAGUCACGAAUCUGUACGCCAUCUCGAAGUCCCUGAGAGCGGGAAGGUUCAAGAGUGGAGCUUUGAAGAUUGACCAGCCGAAGAUCCAGAUUAUUUUAGAUGAAGCUACAAGGCUACCAAUAUCCUACUGCCUAGAGGACAGACUCGAGAGCAAUAAUCUCAUAGAAGAGUUCAUGUUGUUGGCCAACACGACAGUGGCUAGGCACCUCUACAAAAAAUUUCGUCAAACUGCACUACUUCGCCACCACAAUCCCCCCAAGUUAGAGACCCUCUCCAGGACUUUGCAUCCUCUGAAGCACUUCGGGGUUCACUUGAACACAGAGUCAGCUGGAGCACUGCAAUCUAGCAUGUCGAAGUAUGAAGAAAGUAUUGAGAAAGGACUGGAAUAUACUGACGAGCAAUUUGUUUCCCACUGCAGAAUGAUGGUGAUUAAUUCUUUGUGUGCUCAAACAAUGAUGAGAGCCAAUUACGUCUGCUCUGGAGUUGCCACUAAGUCAUCCUUAAGACAUUAUGCUCUGAAUGUUUCCCUUUACACACACUUUACGUCUCCAAUCAGAAGAUACUCUGAUUGCAUCGUUCAUAGACUACUUGCCUCUGAUCUUGAAGGAACUCCCCUGCCAGAGACCUGGAAUUCAACCCUCUGCGCUAAUCUAGCCAAGAACUGCAACAGAAUGAAGGAGAGUGCGAGGAUUGCACAGGAUAAGAGCAACGCGAUUUACUUGACUCAUCUGAUUGCUCAUAAUGGACCUUCUCAGCAACUGGCGAUUGUCAUGACGGUCAGAAAGCACAGUCUUGAUGUCAUUCUCUGCCAUGUGGGGCUUACACUCAAAGUCGAACUGUCAGAGAUUCAAAACCAUGCGACUGUUGAGUACAGGAAUGAAGAUUCUGUUGAAACCGUAAGCAUUCUCUGGAAGGAGCCUCAAAUCACUCAGGUUAUCAACGUUUUCACCAUUCUCAAUGUCAGGGUGAGGAAGCAUCCCAAGAUUUAUAGCAUUCAAGCCAGUCUACUACCUCCAAAAAUUCAUCCCUAACUUGUUGCCUUUGCUGCUUAUUUUUCACUUUUAUCAGAAAUAUUAAUGUGAUUAAGGUCAUAACAUGUUUGGGGAUGUUUUUGUAAGUCUUUAUCAUAAUGUCGGAAAUUAUGUCCCUUUAUGACGUUCAUAUUUUGGAUAUUGUUUCUUAUAAGCACCUGUAAAUAAUUGACGAAUAAAGGUGUGCGACAUCA